GCCUCCGCCCGAGCCCCCAUUUCCGCUUGCAAGCCAUGCCUGCCAAGGGAGAAGGCAAGUCGAAGAGCAAAGGCAAGAGCAAAACCUGGAGCAAAGGGUCUCCAGAUGGAAGCACUGCUGCGAAUGCGGCAUACAGCGGCCAAGUGAAGGUCCGUCCCGAUGCCCCAGAUGCUCCGUGCAAGUUCUUUGGCAGCGCCAAGGGGUGCCACAACGAGAGCUGUCCUUUCUUGCAUGACAACCCCAACAGCGUGCCCAGCUGCACGUUUCAAGAACGAGGCCAGUGCCACAAAGGGGCCGCUUGCCCAUUUCGACACCAGACCUGGUCUAGCCCGCAGGAUGCCACUAUGUCAUAUGCAGCCAGGGACAGCGGAGAUGUGGAGAAGAGCUCCCUGCGCUUCAAGCAAGUGCGUCGAGAAGUGGCUAGGGACGGCAAGGUAGCAGCGACCCGCGUUGCCGCAGAGCAUGUGGAGUUGCAAGAGGGGGAGAUCGAGAAGGACUUCCAAGAGGAGACCUAUGGCUCCAACGCCAUGCGGAUGAUGGAGAAAAUGGGGUACAAGGCCGGCUUGGGCCUGGGAAAGGAGAAUCAGGGCCGCACAUCGCUGCUGGGCUCUUGCGUGGCCCUGGAGCAUGCUCAAGAAACUUCGGCCCUAGGAUUCUCUCACUACGCCGGGGCGGUCCGCGCCACUGCUGCCGAGCGAGCAGCAAGGUUGGCCGAUGCUCGGGCCAAGUGCCGCAAGCUCGAAGAGGCCAGCUUCGUACAACACAAUCUGCUGAGCAGCGACGAAAGCAGCGAAGGAGAGCAUGAGUUGGUGCAAACUCGCGGUGUCCAGCUUGGGCGUUGAAAAAA